CAAAGACACACACAGAAAUUUGAGAGAAAAACUGGCACGAGCUUAACAGAACAUGGAACCCGGAAUGAAACAUAGAAAUAUAAAUUAAAAAGUGUGCUCAUUUUACAAGUAAAACAGAUUCAGAUUUGAAAGUGAAUAAAAAGAACAUAUCUAAGGAAAUACAGCCGGUCCCUGAGAUACACGGUUAAUGGGGACCGUAAACGGCCGCAAAAUACCGCGUAUCUCGAAUUUCCGCGUCAGUCGAAUUUCGUGAUUUCCAGGCUAAAUAUAACUAAUUUUCGUGUAACUUUGCAAGCAGGGUCUUAGCCUAAACUUAGUAAACUUAGCCACUUAAUUAAUUAUUUGAUAUUAUUCUGUCUGAAUUUAACAGUUUUAAACCUUUUGAAUUAGUUUUAAACAUUCGAUUAAAAGCGAAAUUAUAUGGUAUAUGACAAUUGACGUGUCCAAUCAGUACAAAUUACUCAAAGAACUGUCGAAUUUAGAAAACCACGUAUAAGAGGUAUCGUGUAUCUCGGGGACUAUCUGUACACAGGUUUACCUUUAAAUUUACGCCAGGAUAGAUUUAUUUCAUUAGCGCAAUAAGCACUGACUUAUUAUUAACAUCGAUUUAUUUAACUGUAUCUGAAAUUUAUUACUUUUAAUAAACCAGAUUUUUUCUAAACAUUUCUUAUGGAAAAAAACAAGUUCCCUUAAUACAUACUAUUGCAUGUGCAUAUGCAUGUUUGCAUUUAAAAGCGCGUGUUUAAGUUGAUAUUAACAUUUAUAAUCAAGUAUACAUUCGUACUGUCACAACGACAAACAUUACUAACGUGCGUUACAGGAAGUUGACGACAUGCUUCCGUAUUCCGUUUUGUGUUUUCUAGAGAUUAAGCUAAGUAACUACUGUCUUUCUUAUCGCAUCAGUCAGCAACAAGCGGUGCACACAUGGCCUAUUAUUUGAUCUUAAGAAACUUAAUUUAAGUUACUGGAUACGAUCGUUUAGUCUUUAGAUAUCUUGGAAACCCUGUGCUGUGUAGUCGACGUAUACUUGUGUAGUGUGCUGCAUUUUGUGAAUGCAGUAUUGUGCUCUCUGAUUACUGUACCUAUUUUAGUGAGACCAUAUCUCGAACUAUCGCGGUUGAGGCAGUGACUGAAUGCCAUACUAUAAUCAACAAUCAGAAAGUUGGUCUUGAAGAUAUUUCUUCUCCGGUGUUUACCAUCGAUAGCAACAAAGUAUCAAUGCCGGAUAUUGCAGGAAAGACUUAUACUUUUGACGAAGUGAUAGAUAUUAUAGGUUUUGGUCAAACCACAUUGCAGAUCUUUAUAGCUUCUUCUAUAAUAAUGAUGGCAGUCUUGAAUGAAACAAUGGGUAUUUCAAUAGUAAUUCCAGCGGCACAGUGCGAUCUUAAUCUAUCGGCCACUGAUAAAGGCAUAUUGACUGGAGUAAGUUUUGCUGGCAUUAUCGUUUCGUCACACUUCUGGGGUUAUAUUGCAGAUACAAAAGGUCGCCGUAGGACGCUAAUCGUGUCACUGCUGUUAACCGCAGUCUGUUCUCUGGUGUCCAGUUUAUCCAUCAACUACACAAUGAUGGUGGUUAUGCGCUUUCUGGUGGGAGUUUUCAUUUCUGCACCGUCGGCUACCAUAUUCGCUUAUCUGGGAGAAUUUUUCAAAACAGCAAACCGUACCCUGGUAAUAACUUAUGCAAGCACUGCAGUGGGACUGUCUGCCGUUUUUACAGCAACUGCUGGAUGGUAUGUGCUAUCGUUGCACUGGAUGCUAGAUAUUCCCGGGACGGAACUCACUAUAAAACCGUGGCGUCUCUUGUUUUUUGUGUACACCAUACCCACGUUGAUAGGAGCAUUUUGGUUAAUGAUUCUUCCUGAAAGUCCAAAGUUUUACCUUUCGCGUGGACGAGAAUCGGAAGCAUUCGAGAUUUUGUUGCGGUUGUAUCUAGAGAAUCAUCCCCAUGCAGCCGUGGAUGAUUUUGCCGUUAAACAUAUAGCGCCUGAAGCGGGACAAAAAGAUCGCAGUACGUCACUCAAAAGGACCGGUAGUUGCUGGAAAGUUGCGUGUAGCGUAUGGAACCAAACGGUUCCACUCUUUCAGAAACAGAACGUUAUUAACUUCGUCAUUUGUUGCGUGGUGCAAUUUGGACUGUUUGUAGUUUCAGCUGGAAUGGGGCUUUGGUUUCCAGAUAUAAUUAAUCGUCUAACUACAACAAACGUUUCAGAUAUUUCUGUCUGCGAAGCACUCGAAGUAUCAGCAAACCCUGGCUACAUAUUAAAUGCUGAGACAAUCAUCGAUGAAGCGUGCAAUGACAAUAUCAAUGAACGUGUGUUCAUCUACGCUAUUAGUUUGGGUAUAUUGUAUACAGUGGUGUAUCUAGCUAUGUCGGUACUAAUGCGCAAGCUAGGACGUAAGUGUUUGGUAGCAUUCAAUUUAUUCUUUUCCGGAUGUUCUGGGAUUGUGUUGCAGUUUGUAGCCAACCCAUACAUCACUAUUGCACUGUUUUGUUCGUUUUUGGUAUUUGCUGGUACAUCAAUUUCUAUUCUUAACGGCGCAACUGUAUCAAUAUUUCCAACGAAUGUUCGUGCGAUGGCCGUUUGUUUGAGCCUGAUGAUGGGACGGCUAGGCAGUGUUUUCGGAAGUAACCUAGUGGGACUUAUCUUGGAGGAAAACUGUACGCUAACAUUUUAUCUAUUUGCCAGCGGUUCAAUUAUCUGCGCCGUUCUAACAUUAUUUUUGCCCAGUUAAUAGACACUUUAGCUUUAAGCAACGAACGAUCUAAUAUGUUUGUCAAUUGUAGCACUAAAAGUAAUGAAAAAUAUUGCACCUUAGUGUUAAUUUUAUAUUCAGAAGGAACGACUUCAGCCGUAUUGCUUAGUGACAAAUUUGUGUAGUAAAACAACCCAAUUUGAAUAGACG